AUGCCUUCAGAAAAGAGAAAACGCGUUUUACCACCACUCCCUAAAGGAUUAGAUUUCAAUACUCCACCGAAAGAUAGUUUAGUUGACGAUUUAAGAUACGCGCUUGAACAUGCGAAAGAAUUAUAUUCUGACAUAGCAUGGGAUUUUACUGUAGCACUAAACCAAACUAACAUCUAUGCACACAAAGCUGUCUUGUAUGCUCGAAGCUCACGCUCCUUUCAAGAACGAUUUUUGAAAAAUAAAGAUGCGAAUGGGAUGUCCAUACGAUCAGUUCGGUUAUCAAAUCCAGAACCCAUAAUUAUAAAGACUGCUGAAGACCCAUUCUUUUUUCGACAGGAAUUAAAAUUUUUUUAUACCGGUGAAGAAGGCAGUGAAGAAUUUUUAGCUGCUGUUGAUACUACAGAUGAGCUUGAACAGGAUAAAUUAAAAGAAGAUUUAUUAUAUAUGCUUAAAUCUAAAUUAUAUACGGAUGUUGAAUUAGUCCUGGAACGGUCUGAUGAUAGCCUUGAUAUUAUUGAAGAAGAUGAAGAAGUUAAGCCUAUAACAGUUCGAGCUCAUAGAUUUAUGUUAUAUACAAGAUCUGAAUACUUCAAAAAGAUGUUAAGUUCUAAUUUUAUUGAGGCUCGAUCAUCACAUAUUCACCUUGAUAAUAGCAUUUUUACCCAAACAUCACUCAAUUUAAUUUUGACAUUUAUUUAUACUGGUAAUCUUUCAUCUCCUUCAAAACCUUUGACUUUGGAAACUUGUGAAAAUGUUUGGAUCGGGGCUGAUUUUCUUGGUAUAAAACUACUUUGUGAUGAAUGUGUAUACAGAAUUGCAACCUUAUUACAUUAUUUCACUUGUACUUGCGCUGAGUGUCAAGCAGUUGUUCCAGAAGUUGCUGCUUUUGCAAAGCAAUAUGAAGUUGAUUUAUUAUGGCAAGGAUGUUUGCAUGUAUUAUCGCACGGAUUUGAUAAAAUGUGGCCUCAAAAAGCUUUCGCAGAACUUGAUGAAGAAACACGAGAAGAGAUUCUCUUAACAGUUCUUGCCAGAAUACAAAAUAAUAAUAUUAUGGCUGUUUUUAAAAGUUGUCGGAAGGUUUUAUCGAUGAUUGAAAUUAAAGGUAUAGGAUUGCCUUGGAUAGAAAUUAUACGUGAAAUGACACUUCAGGUUCAGUCGUAUACUACUCAAAUUUUGGUAGAUAAUUUUGAACAACUUUGCGAUGAAGAUCAAGAAUUUCUGGAUUGUGUAGACGGUAUUGGUUUUAGUUCGGAUUUAUUAGAGGAAAUGAUGUAUACAAUAGUCGAAAAUGGUUUAUCCGAGCGAAAUGCCGCGCGUGUAUUAAAAUGCAUCACAGAAAAGUUAUUGACUAGACAAGCAAUAAUGGAUACGGAAAGUUUUGAAACGAAACGAGUGUUAUUACAAGCAAAGCAAAAUAUAUUUGAUUAUAUAAAAAAACGAUGGAUUAGUGUGAAACAAAAUGGUGGGUUUAGAUUAUUAAGUCCGUGGUUAUUAGAUGAAUUCUCAAAAGAACUUGGUGUUACAAAUCAAGAAUUACAAGAACUCGAAGAUCAUAAAGAUACGAAACCUAAGGUCAGAACGCCAAGUGUAACGAAUGGUCUUUCCAAAAAGUCAAGAGAACCAUCGCCUUCCCCUACACCAAAAGUGGUUAAACCAAUAGUCACACCACCAGCAAUUGUGACAACACCAACAACACCCCCUCAUUCAAAUACGUCAACAAUUUUAACAAAUACAUCAACAUUAUUAACAGAAGAUACAGAAACUUUAACGACAAAAGUUAGUACUAUUGCUGAACCGGUUUCAAACGGAAAUUGUUUAAGUCAUUCAUCGUCAUGUUCAUCAUCGUCUUCCGUAAAGUCAAGUACACAAUCACCUUCUUCAGCAGAAUCAUCAUCAGAUACCACUUCAAAGUUAAAAGAGACUAAUAGUAAUGUCACUAAAAAGGGCAAAGAUGUACGAAUCGGUGGAACCACAACGGGUCCUGUGUGGGCUCGUCCAACUCGUGCUAGCGUAUUACGUCAAAAGGCUCUCGCAGAAUCUUCCGUAAAGAAUCCAGUUAAGCCAAGAACAAAAUCUACAUAUACAAAACCCCAAAAUUCUUCAGCUGCAUCAUCUCGUGCAAGUUCAAUAUCAUCCGUGAAAUCUCUAACUUCACCUUCCGGUUCACCAUCAAGGUUUGGCGGUGUAAGACAAACACGUUCUAGUAUGUUACGUCAGCUUAAAUAUGAUGACGUAGAACAACGCCGUGGUCGUGACACUGAACGUGAUACUUCACCAACAUCAUCCAGAGCUAGCUCUAUUGCUUCUGUUUCAUCUGUUACAAGUACUACAACAAGUUCUUCUCAUCACAGGAGGAAACGUUCACCAUCACAAAAUUCAUCAUCUACUUCAAUUACUUCUAAUUCAAGCGCUAUCACUAGUUUACAACCAAAACCUCACCAGACCAAAUUAGCAACUAUUCCAAAUCCAGAUAUUUCUGUAGGAAGACGUAUAAUCCUUCCAACCAAAAACAAUGCUCCAGGCGCUAUACAAUUUUUGGGAGAAACAGAAUUCGCUAAAGGUAUAUGGGUUGGAAUAGUAUUAGACAAUCCUGUGGGUAAAAAUAAUGGUGUAGUAGCUAAUACCAAAUAUUUUACGGCGGGUCCUAACCAUGGAAUAUUUGUUAGACCGGAUUCACUUUUAUUGAUAUAA